UGCAUUAUAGUGUAAUGGUCUGAUCAUAUUUUAAUCAUCUCUCUAAGCAUAAGUACAAAUGCAUUGUAUCGUCAACACUACUUGUAUAAUGUUUUAGUAUAUUCCAUUUGUAUUGACAUUGUUUAAAUUUAUAAGUUCGUAACUCGCACAUAUUCAGUGAUUGCACUAGGUGGGAGAGUACGUUGUUCGGGCACUGGAUCUACCCCUUCUACCUGUGAUGUGACGGAGCAAGCAUCGCCAUCACAUGUUGCAUCGCAGGUGUCUGAUCGCUUAGUUGCGCAUACACCGGACACUGCAUCAUCGUCGACCAGCCGACGAGGAUGUGGACCCACACGCGGGUUGCUUUUAGAGCGACUUACGCGUGAGGGUAGGGUGACGGUAGAGUUCCCACAGGACUGCAUUAGACCUGUUGGGAACAAUGCCAAGCUAUUUACGUCGGAGGUCGGUGUCUUAUGCCGAUCUCUGAUCCCCCCACCACCCCCCAUUGGGUGGACAUGACAGAUGAUGUGCAGCAGCUCAUCCGUCAGCGCCUUCAGAAUAAAUUUGACUUGGAUUUGAGUGUUCUGCACAUCUCCCAUGUCGUCGACGACAUGGUCAAGGAGCAGUUCAAGGAGUAUCACGAUAACUUACACAAGCGGUACAAGCAGUGCGUGAACCACGAGGAGGUCGUACAGUCCACACCACCGCACGUGACGCAUGACGACUGGCAGAUACUUUGCGAUAGAUUUUCGUCUGAUUCUUUUCAGCGAGAUUCCGUCACUGGCCAGGAGCCCGGACCAGUAGACCUCUACAGAGGGACUCACUGUCGGCAGGCGACGGGAUCUUGGGUACAUCCUAGAGCCAGCGAGAUUUCGACGGUAAGGGAGAAAUGCUUUGCAAAGUGCAUCACAAAGCCAGGGACAAGCUUGAGUGGGAGUGAGAGUAGUUGCAUCUCAAGAUGCGUGGAACGCUGCAUGGAAGCCACUGGUGAGGACGAGAUCAGCUUUUGGGAAGAGGACUGGUUCGGUCUUGGGCCCCUUAAGUGUCUGAUCUAA